AUGGGCCUCAGCGAGGAUCUCAUUCAGCGCCUACGCAACGGCGGCGACCGGCCUGCGAGUCGUCAAGGCCCAGCACCUAGAAGCUUCGCAGAUCUCCGCUCCGACCCAUCAAAGUUCAGCAGCCCUUUGUUGGGAAACAGUGGUUUGACGACACCACUCCGGCCCCGCGUUGUACACGACAUCUCGCGACCAACCACCCAGCGACGCGGACUCGAUGACCCCUUCCUCCCUUCCACUCACCUCACACCACCUCUGUCCAGCUCUCCCCCUUCUCGCCGUCAGAUCAACUUCUACGACCCCGAUCAUGACCGCAAUGCGAAUGGGCUAAUCACUUUCGCCGACUUCUCAUCUCAACCCCUACAAAUCCCCGCCACUCCCGUGCAUCAGCUGUCGUCCAACAUCGGACGGUUUGAGCAUCACCUUCAUGAGUCUCCGAACGCCCUCGAUGGCUAUGGCACAAGACAUAGCCUGUUCUCCGAGUCGGCAUCUCAGUCCCAGAUCCCGUCGCCGCCCAUUGAAGACUCGACGGCUGCAGAUUAUCUGUUCUUCGAGCCAGCCCAGCGGGUACCCGCGAAUGAGGGUGACACACCCCAGCUCCAGCAGGUGCCAGAGUCCGAAGACGAGUACGCGGUGGAUGACCAGUGGUUCGAGUCGGCUAUGGCUGAAGUCGACCUCGACCGGAUACAGAGUAAGUCUUCCCAAAAGCAGCACUCACUCUCUGCGCCGAUGCAAUCUGCGGAGCCGGCUCCCGAGCGAACCAUCACUCGAUCACCGUACUUCCCCGCCAGUUCUCAACCACCUCAAACACAACAGCUUGGUCAGCUGCGCAGCUCAUCACGGCUUAGCAACACCUCAAGCUCGGUGACGUUCCCUAAACGACCUGGUUCUGGACUCCAGAUGCGGUUCAACGCCGCGACUCCUCCUGUACUGACGCCGACGCCCCACAAGGCGUUCGCCGAGGGGCAACAAAGCCAGACCACCCAGCUGCCGAAGCCUAGAGUUGGAAGCGGCCUUGUUCCGAUUUCCGAGCUGGAAGCGAGGCUGUUCUCAUUUGAGCACUUCAACAAGAUGCAGAGCGCCGUCUUUGAGGCUGCUUACCGCUCUGAUGAGAAUCUCGUUGUAUCUGGAAGCUCACCAUCAGGUCUCGAGUUCACUGGCGACACAGACUUCUCUGCCCUCUACAAUCGAGUCCGCACCCCGGAGAAGUGGGAUUCCGUGACCCGUCGAACCUCGAUGAACCGCAUGCUGAACCGACUGCAACUUGUGAUGAUCGACGAGGUUCACACACUUCAUGAAGCACCUCGCGGUGCCACAUUGGAGGUGGUGGUCUCAAGAACCAAGAGUCGUGGCGACGCCGUCCGAUUCGUGGCGGUCUCUGCCACAGCGCCGAACAUCGACGACAUUGCGCGCUGGAUCGGUAACUCCAUUGCUCCCCACACUUCAGACCAAGACAGCAACAACCCUGUUGCUCAUAUGCCCAAAGCUCGCGUUUUCAAGAUGCGGCCUGUGCCCCUGAAGAAGAUCACCAUCGGCUACGACUGCGGCAAUGGUAAUAAGUUCGCUUUCGACUCUCGGCUGGACAAGGAGCUCUUCCCUAUCCUAACGAGAUACGGGGAGCAGCGGCCUAUCCUCGUGUUCUGUGCCACCCGGAAGGGAUGUCAGGCGACUGCCACCAAGAUGGCAAAGCAGUUUGAAGACGCUCUCAACUCUGGGCAAGCUCUGCCUUGGGACCAUCGGAAGAAGUAUGUUUCCACUAGCGGCCGAGCUGACGUCAGUGAACGUCUCAACUUGAAGGACGAAAGCAUCCAGGCCCUGACGAAGCACGGCGUUGCUGUUCACCACGCUGGCUUGGACCAUAUGGACCGCCGUGAGAUUGAGCAAGCGUUCAAGAACUCGAAGCUUCACUUGCUCGUGGCAACGUCAACACUGGCCGUGGGUGUGAACCUUCCAGCACACCUCGUUGUGAUCAAGGGCACCUCCAUGUGGAACGGCCAAGGUUUCCGUGAAUACUCGGACAUCGACCUCCAGUAUGACACGUCCGGUACGGUCGUUGUCAUGUGCGAGCGAGCGCAGGUUUCCAGGUACCAGCAAAUGCUUGACUCGCGCAUGGUGCUGGAAAGCUGCCUGCACGAGAAUCUCACAGAGCACAUCAACAGCGAGAUAGGGCUGGGGACUAUCACGUCGUUGAGGGAGGCCCAAGACUGGCUGAAACGAACCCGAAACACUACGUCAACAAAGUUGCCAGAGACCGGUCUCGGACUUGGGAUGAAACACUGGAGUCCGUUGGAUAAUCUGGAGUCGCAAGAUCUUGUGUCUAAUGAAGAGGACGAGGACUAUGCCGGUGCCUCGCAACGGAGAGUCCUGCGCCUGACACCCAUGGGCAAGAUCAUGGCUCACAACUUCGUCUCCUACGACACUGUGAGUGACUGGCGAAGCCUUACUGAUAGCUCGCAGAUGUGCAACAUCAUGACCAUGGAGCCCGAUGCGGACCUCAGGUCGCUGUUGGAGAUCCUCGCCGGAUCGGAAGACGAUGACAUCCGUUUCCGGCUCGGGGAAAGCGUCAAGACUUACGCGGACAAGGUCUUUCUACAUCUGCAGAUCAUUUUCGGCAACGUAAGCUUGGACAAGUUUGCCACAAAGGCAGAGAAUGGCUCCCCCAUGCAGACACAGAUGGCGAUCUACAACUCAGCGCCACGCAUUGCGAAAGCCAUUCUGCUUGUGGCGACGGAGAAGGAGUACGGCGGAGCUAGUCGGGCCGCGCUGGAGUUGGUGCGGACAGUGAACGGAAUGGCCUGGGAGGACUCGGCGACGAUCUUUCGCCAGAUCGAUCAGAUCGGCCCAAAGUCUAUCUCGGUGCUGGACGCGAAUGGCAUUACAAAUGCGAGCAGGCUAGAAAUGUGGCUCAAUCGUCAAACGCCGUUCGGGUUCGAGGUUCUGAGCCAAGCCAAGCAACUGCCCAGAUUCUAUCUGACGAUAGGUCUGGAUAAUGGUGAAGAGCGCAAGAACCCAGAUCCUGCAAUCCGUAAGGAGAAAGACGGAUGGCCCGUCGUGCGACUAAGGGUCACUGUUGUGUGCAGAGGUGUAUACAAUACCGCUGCAGCUAAGAAGACGACCAAGACCAGUGCAAGCAAGCGUGGCCGGAAGAGCAAGAAGAGGUACCGGACAAAGGACUCGUAUCAAUUCAGCAUCCUCUUUGUCACAUCCGACCACAAUCCUGACAUAAGUACGGAGGAUCUGGCUGAUGAUGAUAAUGAAAUGAUUGUCAACGUCAAGCUGUGCUCUCCCACCGAGUCUAUCAUAGCCAUUGCCGGGAAUCGCGCUAAGAACCCAUCGGACCCGGAGGCGGAGCUCAGCCAGCCAUCGCCUUCAAGUUCACAGGAAGACUGUCACUCUCCUGCUGCGAAGGCCACGGCCCGAAAGGGCCGCUGGAAGCACUGCCCUCCGGCAACCGAGUCAGAGGAAGAGGUCGACGAGUUAGCGAGCAGCAGCAGCAGCGGGGAGGAGCUGAUCGACCUAACUGCAAGGAAGCGGCGCAAGACCAAGAGCAAGAGUCCGAACGGGUCGCAGCCUCCCAAGCGCUCGAAGAACGCACUCAGCGCCGCGGCCCGCAAAGCAAUUCUCGAAAACGUCGAAUCCGUAAAGAAACCGGUGAGGCUGUGUCCAACGUGGGCUACCCGCAAUAGUGAUGGCGGCGCCAAAGGAGUCAGCCUUGCUAACGAUCCAGAAGAAGACGUCUUCUAUACUCAAGCGCGUGCCGCUCCCGCGAAACGUCCGCGACUGAGGAGUGGCAGCGAGUUCGCCUCUCAUGUGCAAUAG